AUGGCGGCGAGGGACCGAUUCGGUUCUUUCGCUGACCCGUCGCUAUCACCACUUCAACGAGCUAUACACAAUGCCUGCGAACCGACAAACUACGAACCGAAUCUCGCAUUGAACCUCGAAGUCGCAGAUUUGAUAAAUCAGAAGAAAGGCAAUGCACCCCGCGAAGCUGCCAUUGCGAUUGUCCAUUUGAUCAAUUCCCGAAAUCAGAAUGUCUCUCUCCUGGCUUUGGCGCUCCUCGAUAUAUGCGUGAAAAACUGCGGAUAUCCCUUCCAUCUUCAAAUCAGCACAAAGGAAUUUCUCAAUGAGCUGGUCCGACGGUUCCCCGAACGGCCACCCAUCCGGCCAUCACGGGUACAGCAUCGGAUACUCGAAUCGAUUGAAGAAUGGCGGCAAACAAUAUGCCAAACUUCGCGAUACAAGGAAGAUCUAGGGUUUAUUAGGGAUAUGCAUCGUCUGUUACUGUAUAAGGGGUAUAAUUUUCCGGAAGUGAGGCAUGAGGAUGCGGCGGUUUUGAAUCCGAGUGAUAAUCUCCGGUCAGCGGAAGAAAUGGAGGAAGAGGAGAGAGCGGCGCAAUCGGCAAAACUUCAGGAACUCAUUCGACGAGGCACGCCGCAGGAUCUACAGGAAGCGAAUCGUCUGAUGAAGGUCAUGGCUGGAUACGACACACGGAAUAAGACUGACUACCGGGCUAAGGCUGCCGAGGAAGUUUCCUACAUCCAACAGAAGGCUAAGAUAUUGGAGGAGAUGUUGCAGAGCAUUCAGCCAGGUGAUACCAUUUCUGCCGGGGAUGUAUUCGAGGAACUGGCCAAUGCAUUGCAAAGUGCGCACCCAAAGAUUCAAAAGAUGUGCGAGGAAGAGUCGGAGGAUACAGAGGCAGUUGAGAAACUCAAGCAGAUUAACGAUAGUAUUCAACGGACUAUAGAGCGAUACAAAUUGGUCAAAAAUGGCGACUUUGAAGGUGCUGCCAGGAUACCCAAGGGGACACUGGGAACAACGACCGGAGUUGGAAAGAAUGCCAACAAUGAGCUGUCGUUGAUUGAUUUUGAUCCCGAGGAAUCGGCCCCCUCGAAUGGGCAGGAACAAGCUGCCACAAACUCCUUGGAGGACGAUCUGCUUGGAUUGUCUUUUGCAGAUAGAUCUACUCCUGGUCCUGUCAAUCUGGGUUUUGAUGCCCCCAUUGCAGCGCCCUCCAACGUUCCAUCGGUGCCUGCUCAGGGAGCUGCCAGCGGCUUCCAGAGAAACUACGACAUUCUCUCAUCUCUUUCAGGAUCUCGGCCAACUUCUCAAUCAUCUACACCGGCACCAGUUGUACCGCAAGCAUCAAAGCCAACUUCUCCUCCCCCACCUGUCGAUCCAUUCGCUUCUUUGAUUUCCGCAAGCUCAAGAUCAGCAUCUCCAAUGAUCUCCAAUCAGAAACCUUCAUCAUCCUCGGCUCUCGUAGACCUAAUGGGCGGCGGCUCACCAUCAAAAACUGCUGGUGGAAUAGCCACCCCCCCAGCCGACGAUGAGUGGAGUUUCACUUCAGCGCUACCGACCGAAAGUGCAUUACCAACGACAAACCGCGUGCGCGUCCUGGAUUCUCUUCUGGCCGUCGAUUUCGAGGCUCGAAGGAAACCAGGCGAACCUCGGACGAUUCAAAUCAUGGCUUUGUUUUCGAACAAGAGUAGCCAGCCUUUGACCGAACUUCACUUUCAAGUUGCCGUUGAGCGAGCAUAUCAUCUAAAACUCAACCCCCAAACCGGCAGAGACAUCUCCCCCCUCCAGUCUGUCGGCGUCAAGCAAGAAAUGCAGAUUGAGAAUGUGGACGCUGGCAAAGGUAACUCCAUCAAGAUUCGCUUCAAAGUGUCGUAUCGACUCGGCGGACAGGCCAAGGAGGAACAGGGUAUGGUGCCGCCAUUAGGUGAUUUGGACCUUGAUGCCAGUCCUGUGCAGCGGUCUAAAGAAGAAAACCAGGAACGUGCAUUCGUAGCCGCCUCUCGGCGCAAAGAUCGCAGCCUCGAUGCACGACUCGAAUCGGCAAAUCGAGCCUCUAUGCUCCACAAGAAGCGUACUGGCAAGGCUCUCCACAUCACCAAGGAGAUAGUUGAGAAAGAAGCCAUGUACGAGGAAGUAGAUGAGCGUUAUCAAGAGAAACGCCUCACACUCCUCAAAGCUCACACUACUCAAUUGGAAGCUCAGUUCCAUCGCCAUCUCAUGGCUACGAUGGCUAUGAGCAGACAGCAGCAACAGCAGCAACAAGCCCGUAUCUCCCCCACUGGUGGCAUCCAGAAGAUGCGCACCUCCUCAGUCGGCUCAGCUGUGAGCUAUUUUGAACAACAAAACCAUAGCAUGAACAGCCAGGCCGAGACUCCCGUCUCACCAACCGCAACCUCAUCUACUGUACCAAGUCCGACGAGUCCCGUGUUUGAUAUGUACGGUGUCUCUUCCUCUGCCUCGUCUGACACUUCGUCAUUCGCACAGACACCGUCUAGCGGCUGUUAUGGGCCGACACCCAUGACAUGUCCUCAAUACAUUGACACUGGCUUGAUGUCACCAUCUGUCAGCCCCAGAAACAGCACGUAUCAGCAGUGCAUGAACCCAAUGCAAACUAUGCAUAUGAGGUCCGCCUCUAUGGCCCAAGGCGCUACUCCACGUGCUGUUCCAUAUCCCCGACAGCGUUUUGCGUCGUAUCCAGAUGCAUUUGCGCUUCAGGCAACACAAAUGGUCACACCAAUCCAGACUGUCGCAACCGUCAAUUAUCGAGCAAGCUCCGAGCCAUCUAGCGAGCUCUCGACUACUCCAGCAGCGACUGUCCCAGUCAUGACAACCAUGCGGGAGAACAACGGUCUCUUACCCAGCCCUGCUCUAUCGCCACCGUCAAUGACUGCGAACUCCUCUCAAAGCAACACCUGUGGCGAUAACACACAGUUCUCAGCACAAGUAGCACCGCCUGUGCAGGUCCAAUUUAAUGAUACAGAUCUCUUCAAGCAACAGCCCUUGCUAGGAUCACCCGAAAACCCAGAUCCAGACUACAACGAGUUUUUGAACUUUGCAACUAACAUGGAAGACCAAUGGCAAUUUCCCAUGGGCAACACUCCCUUUGAGGAAUUUAUGAAUCUGGAAACAUUGGACUACGAGUUGACUCAGUCUGGAAUAUAUAGGUAG